AGGGUUGACUGACGCUUACCGCGAAGCUGCCUCUGUGUUAAAGUGAGUGAAGAAGAGCACGUCUAGUAGAACUUCUCUUAGUCCUUGAGUUAGUCAUUUUAACAUCUUAUUCUGGAUUCAGAAUUAAUGUUGACUCACAGGGCAGGGUUGAGCUGGAGCCAUGUCGAUCGAAGCUGAUAUCUUGCUCCAGGAGGCAAAAGAGAGCAUUGAGGCAGCCCAAAACUACAAGACUGAGCUACAGCAACGCCUUCAAGAUCUGAACCAAGCGCGUAAACAGGUAAAAGGCAGCGCUACUCAAACAAGAGAGGUUCUGAAACAACAUUUCCGAGAUCUGGGUGGGGUGCUGACAAAGCUGUUGGACGAACGGUUAGCUUCACUGCUGCUAGAAGUGGACACAAUUGAACAGAACAGCAUUCGGCCGCUUGAUGACUGCCAGAAGCUGAUUGAACAAGGGGUUGGCACAGCGGAUGAGCUCCUUCGGGAAGGCGAAGCAGCUCUGCGGUGCAGCAUUGGAGGCAAGGAUGAUAAAUUAUGCAGCUUUACUAAAAAGGCACUUCAGAUCCAGUUGGAUAGUCUGCCGGAGGUCCCAAGCCUAGUGGAUGUACCAUGUUUGUCGGCUCAGCUGGACGAGUCUCUUCUUGGGGUGUUGAGGGAAAGAAUUUUCAGCCAUGGUACAGUGGCAUCCCACCCUCCUGUUCAGAUCGAUGAGCUUACGGAAAGGCCUGGUGGCAUUCAGGUCCGCUGGUGUAAGGUUGACGAUGAGUUUGCUGCUCAGGACUAUAGAUUACAGUACCGUAAAGGAACCUCUGGCCUUUUCGAAGAUGUGUAUGUUGGCCAAGAUAUGGAGUAUAUUGUACUUCACAUGGACCCCAAUAUGGAUUACCAGUUCCGGGUGUGUGCUCGUGGAGACGGUCAGCGAGAAUGGAGUCCCUGGAGUAUCCCUCAGGUGGCCUACACAACUUUGGCUCCUCAUGAGUGGAGUACAGGCACUGAGGGCUACAGUUUGAGCAGUAGAAGGAAUAUGGCUCUGAGAAAUGACACAGCCUUGUCCAGGGGGGUUGUGCUUUACUCGAAAGCUCCCACCUACUUCUGUGGCCAGACGCUUACCUUCCAGAUCAUAACUGCAGGGCAGGUUGAUAAACGAGAUAGCAUCGGUGUCUGUGUGGAGUGUGUGAAUGGUCAAGAGACUCUGCAGAGGGACAGAGCAGUCUGCAUCUCCACCAAUGGUGCCGUUUUUGUAAAUGGUAAGGAGAUGACCAAUCAGCUACCACCUUUUACAAUGGGCUGCAUUGUAACCUUUGACAUGGAAAUGGUGAACUUGUAUCCUGUGAAUAAUAACCUUGAAGGCGGAAGCCAUAAGCUGCGUGUUACCAUUGGCUCUGGCAGCAGAGAGGUGGUCUUUGACUGGCUGCUGGACGAGCCAUGUGACUCUCUCCAUUUUGCCUGCUCCUUUGCUUACCCUGGAUGGAAGGUGCUUGUGUUCUAACGUGAUGAGAGCCGUCAACAAAGCCUUGGACUGGUAACGCUGGUCACACAUGAGAUCUCAAGACUCCAUUCCAGUGCUGAUUUCCACAAGAACAUUGUGCUGAAGUAAAACUGCACAUUCAUCCAGGAUCUUAAAUUGUUUUGGCAGCAUCAGCUUGAUGGUGACUAGAAUCUUGCUGGGUCCAGAUCAUCUACCUAGAAUGGUAAAUACUUAAGGAGGUUAGAAUAAUGCUUGGAGUGACCGCUUAUCCCUAGAUGAUUAAGAUCAAUAUACUAGUCACACAUUUGAAAAGUCAGUGCUCUCAUAGUAAAAUCGGAGGACAAGGUAGGUCUUUUUAUUUUAUAAGUGAAGACAAAUCAGCACUAUUUAACUUUGAGGGGAAAGUGCUUACCUGCUUUUACUUGCCACAAAAACAGCAGCAGUCCCCUUAUUAGAGGAAACUCGUUUCAAGAUACAAAUGCCUCACCAGGGCUGUUUCACAAAAGUGCCUUACGUCAGUGGGGUGAGACACAAAUGCUUAAGGUGUGUUUCAGCCUUUUAAAGUUCUCACAGUUUGAUAGGCUGGGCGAGGUGAGCCAUAGGUACGUCUGCACGACAGACCAUUAUGGUACUUGAUGUUUUUCUCUCCCUGUUCACUUUGUAUUUGCCCAAAAGUGCAUGUGAAUUGAAUGCCACAACUACACAUCAGAUUCCGGACCAGCAGGUGUUGGAAGGGGCUGUGAAAGAUUUACAAGCGAAACAGGCUCCUCAUUAAACCGACAUAUGCCUGAAAUGCAAUUACAAGUCAAAAUUAGUGAAAAGAAAAUGUGGUGUAGUAAGAAGACGAGGGUUCAAAUCUGUGGUCCACCCUGAAUCUAUGACAGGCAGGAUAUGUGGCGAUAAAUUGUUGUGUGUGCGCUCACCCUGUGCUGGGCUGGCAGGCACCCUGGCCAGAAAUCAUCCCUUCCUGGCGCAUCAUACUUGCUGGGAUAAGCUGAAGCCCAUUGCCCACGCUCAGGAUAAAGUGGGUUGGAAUUUUUCAAUUCUUCGAUGAGAGAGAUAACAAAAAAUUUUGUUGAAAGUAUGUCUAAAAAAAAAACACAUUCAGAUUGUGCAAGUCUCUAAGGAUGCCUUAUUUGAACAGUGAAUUUGUGAACGAUUUGCCCUGCAGGGUACUUUUACACUUUACUGAUGAGCUUUCUAGAGUUAAGUUCCCAUCAUGUUAUGACAGCUUUCAUUUAUGUAAUCUUAGUGAGUCAGGGCACUUGUGUGGUUUGACAUACCCAGCCAGUCCCCCCUGAUAAGUCACAGCGGCACCUCCGUCCGUCUGUUGGAGUAGACCAGUGAUGUGCACUCGCCCACAAGUACAAUGCAUAUACUGUCAUGGAGUGAUGCAGGGGGUUUGGACCUUGCAAACAGCAGAGAGGCUUGUCUGCCUGAUGUCUUGUGUUUGAUGUACCAGGACACAGUGGCAGAAAACGGUUAAACCUUUCACUCAGGCAAUGGAAAGUCCUCAUGCGCUUGUCAUAUUUGACAUAUGCUGUGAUUUCUGGUCAGCAAGUACUGUCUUCGAGUUUGACAUCCCCUCAGUGUAAUGUCAACUUGAGCAGUAUGGCUUACCUCUGCUAUCUUUUCGUAGGUCGGUUUUGUUUUACACUUCUAAACUAAGCAAAACACCAGCUUGACUCUAAUUCAUCUUCUACUUAUGCAGGUCUGUUAGACGAUUUUUGAAAAUGUCAGCAGCUUGUACGGAAAAUGUGACUUUUUAAAAACUGUGCGUUACAACUCUGACUUGGCAAUCUGAGCCAGCAUCCCCAAAAUUCUCUUUGCAAAAGCAGUUGCACAAAAAUAACAAAUGCCUCAAGUCUUAAACUUUAAUUUGAAGCUGUCAAAAACUGAGAAAAGAAAAAAAACAAAAAAAACUAAAAACUGUGAUGAUGAAGUGGUGACAGCUGCAUACAUUUUUGUAUUAUUUUAAUUGCCUUUGCUGGACUCUGGGCAAUGAGUGUUAAGUUUCAUACACUUACAUAUCAUGAACAAUGAGCUGGGUUCUGAAAAUGCAAAUUGCUUUUCUUUCAAAAUAAAAGAAAAUGGCGACGGUUUGUCCAGAUCCAAAAGCCUUUGCUCCUGCUUGGUAUUUGAAUAAAAGUGGCUUCUUAUUAA